AUGCAUCAAUCUACUGGAUUCCCCUUCACCCCAUCAACCCCACCAUCAGGAACUUUAUUUUCACCAGAAUCCCUAAGUGCCACAAGAUUUAUAAGAAGUGGUGAAAUACCAUUAGAUUUAUCAGUCUUUAAACCAGUCCUUACACCUCCAACAACUCCAUCGCCACCCAGAAAACAGCCAAAACUACUCAAUUUAGACUUAAAAACUUUCGAUGUUUCUAAUCCAAAAAAUUCAUCGCAAUUCCUUAAAACUAUUUCAAUUGAUAACAAAAAAUAUUUUCAUAAUUCAAUUCCGUCAUCAAUUGAGGAUAUUAAUGAGAAUUCUGAGGAAUAUAUUGACAUAACUAGUUCCGAUAAUGAGAUGGAGAACUUUACAUCCACAUCAAGUGUUCCAAAAAUGAUUGAAAAUGAAAAUUUGCAUUCGAGUGACUUAACGGACGAUGAUUCUAAUCAGGAUUCUCUUGAUUCAGAUGAAAUUGUGGAUAUAGAGUCAAAUGAUGAUUCCAUAAUCUUCUCAUUAAAUGACACUGAUGACCAUGGAGUGCUGGAAAAUGGACAGCAAAUAUUUGAUGAUCCAAAACAUCAUUCAAAAGCUAUUCAUGGCUUUGCGAUGCUUUUCGAGAAGAGUGUCUACUCAGGUUCCGAAAAUUCAGCCAAAAGAUCAGCUCAGAAUCGCCAUCGACAUGAAAGGAAACGAAUGAAGCUACGGAAGCAAAUUGUUGAUGAAGAAAAUACAAGUCCAGUGUCGGGGACAAUAAUUAGAAAAUUAAAGGAUGGUGAAGAACUUGUGGUGCGUAAAGGUGAUAUAGAUCCAGCAUUUAAUAUUGUGGAAGUGACGGAGGAAGCUAAAGCUGCGAUUGCAUUGAUUGAAAAUAAACUUGGAAAUUAUAUUUGUCAGCUGUGUCGGUCCAUGUAUGAUGAUCCAUUUGCGCUGGCACAGCAUAGGUGUAGCCGAAUUGUUCAUAUUGAAUAUCGAUGCUCGGAAUGUGAUAAAGUUUUUAAUUGUCCUGCCAAUUUGGCAUCACAUAAACGAUGGCAUAAACCAAGAAAUCAAAAUUCUGAAAAGAAAUCACCACAAGAAAAACCAGAUGAACCUAGUUCUGAGAAGAAACUGCCUUCUGAAGCUUCUGAGAUCAUUGGUGCUGAUGACAAAUUUCCAUGUUCACAUUGCGGGAGGAUUUUUCGAAGAGAAUCCUACCUCAAAAAGCACAUUGUUUCUCAUCACACGCCAGUUACUGACACACCUUAUCAAACUCAACUGGCACCAGUAAGCAACAAGAUUACUGAAAUGCAGACUUUAGUCCAACAAAAUGUUCACAAAAGAUUCUUAGACUUCGAAAGAGAAAGAAGGAGAAUUCAGUCAUUUUCAGAGCUGUACUUCCAUCAGCGAUCAGCCUUUCAGUAUGUGUGUCAUCAGAGUUAUAGAACCCCAUACGACACCCUCGCUCUCUUUCCAACAUCCAACACAAUUCUACGUCCAGUCGCUAGACGUCCAACAUGGACAACAUCAUCUGCAGUGACAACUCAAUUGCCAACACAUCCUCAUCAUCAUCAUCAUCCACAAUCGACAAGUGGAAUUGCUAAUAGUUUUGAAUUUCCAAUAAAAAAUUCAGUUCCAUUCUCGUCCGUGAAUUAAAAAAAAUUGUUUUUAACGAAAAAAUGUUAGAAAAUAAAAAAGUGAAA